AUGGCAAUGGAAAUGUCUUUGGGAGAUAUGUUGUUGAAGGUGGUCAUGUUCAUGCUUGUUCAAGCUCUUGUUUAUCUCAUCCUCUCGAAUUCAUCGGACAUUUUUUUAAAGAACAAGAUGAGGUCACUUAGCUUCAAACCAGCUCGUUUUGUCAGCAUUCGUCGGGUGUUAGCUAUGAUCUCUGACAUGCCACCAGGUGGCGAAGCGUCACCGUCUUUAAGAGGUUCAAAAUCGCCAACUCAAGAGCAUCCCACCACCGAUGAUG